GAAUCACAAGAUAAAACAACAUCAAGAACCAUGGACAUAAUUUCCAUCCUUUCCUACUCUUUCUUCUACCUUGCACUAUUUUUCAUCUUCAACCUUCUCUUCAAAUCAAGAAAAUUCAACAAUCUCCCACCCGGUCCAUUUUCCCUUCCCAUAAUUGGCAACCUUCACCACCUCAAACGUCCCCUCCACCACACCUUCAAAGGCCUAUCUAAAAAAUAUGGUGAUGUCAUUUCACUUUGGUUUGGUUCACGUCUUGUGGUUGUUGUCUCUUCACCAUCUUUAGUCCAAGAAUGUUUUACAAAAAACGACGUUGUCCUAGCUAAUAGACCCCGUUUUCUCUCCGGAAAAUACAUCUUUUACAACUAUACCACCUUAGGAUCAACAACCUACGGUGAACAUUGGCGCAACCUUCGUCGCAUUACCGCAAUUGAUGUUCUUUCAAACCACCGUAUCAAUAGUUCAUCCGGAAUCCGAAGGGAUGAGACUCAGAGGCUUGUAAAAAAGCUAGCCGAAGAAUCGUCGUCUAAAGAGUUUGUCGAAGUAGAACUAAGAUCUAGAUUCUUUGAUAUGACUUUCAAUAACAUAAUGAGAAUGAUCUCGGGUAAGAGAUACUAUGGAGAUGAUUGUGACAUGACGGAUGCGGAAGAAGCUAAAGAAUUUAGAGCAAUGGUGACUGAUUUGCUGAAAUUGUCUGGGGCUAAUAAUAAGAAUGAUUUCUUGCCAAUACUUAGGUUGAUUGACUUUGAAAAUUUGGAGAAGAGACUAAAGAAAAUUAGUAGCAAAACUGAUACAUUCUUGAGAGGACUCAUUCAAGAACAACGCAGCAAAAACCAGCAUACAAAUACUAUGAUAGAUCAUCUUCUAAGUUUACAAGAAUCACAACCUGAGUACUAUACUGAUCAAAUCAUCAAAGGCCUUGCUCUGGGUAUGCUUCUUGCUGGAACAGACUCAUCAGCUGUAACAUUAGAGUGGGCAUUAUCUUGUGUAUUGACUCAUCCAGAGGUACUAGAGACGGCAAGGUAUGAAAUAGAAAGCAAUGUAGGUCAAGACCGUUUGUUGGAUGAAUCUGACCUACCAAAACUCCCUUACCUUAAAAAUAUCAUCUAUGAGACACUUAGGUUGUACACUCCUGCUCCAUUGUCAUUGCCACACUCUUCUUCAGAUGAGUGUAUUAUUGGAGGGUACAAAGUUCCACGAGACACUAUAUUGCUUGUUAAUGCUUGGGCCAUUCAUAGAGACCCUAAGAGUUGGAGUGAAGCCACAAGUUUCAAGCCUGAGAGGUUUGAGAAAGAAGGAGAGUUAGACAAGUUGAUUGCAUUUGGGUUAGGAAGAAGGGCUUGUCCAGGAGAAGUGUUGGCUAUGCGUGCAAUAAGCUUGACUUUGGGUUUAUUGAUUCAAUGCUUUGAUUGGAAAAGAAUGAAUGAAAAUGAGAUUGAUAUGAGAGAAGAAAGUGGUUUCACCUUGUCAAGAUUAGUCCCUUUAAAGGCUAUGUAUAAAGCCCGUCCAGUCAUAAAAAAAUUUGUGGAGUAAUCAUAUGCUAAUGACUUGUCUAGAAUAAAAUGAAAUAUGUAAUUUUCAUAUAUUAUCAAAUAAGUUUACAUUAGCAUCAUCCAUACUAGAGAGGAAAAUGGAUUCACCUUAUCAAGAUGAGAGUAAGCCCAUCCAUCCAACUUGUGGACUGUGGAUCGUAGUUAUUUAGAAUAAAAUGAUGGAUGUAAUUUCCUUUUGUUUUUAUAUAAUUAAUCUUCCUUUUGAAUUUUGA